AGCGUUCAUAAUUGAUUUCUUUUUUAUCCUUUUAAUGAUUUUAUAAAUUUGUAAAGGUCAAGUACCAGACAUUAAUUGAUAUAUUGUAUAAUAAAAUAAUUCAUUUCACCCUCUAUUAAGAAGUUCAAACUCUUUUGAGUUCUCCUGCAGUGUAACCGUUGUUCUCCAAACAAGAAUUUAAUGUUAAAAUGUUGCCACGCCUGUCAAUAAAUUGUAAGGCGACUUCAGUAUAGUGUGGUAGCGGGCAACUGGCAUCUGUCGUAUACAGUCGUACCGAAUAAGCAGGGUUGUAGACCCUGACAAGAUAGGAGUAAUUUUCAGUCUAUUACGGAAAUUAUAUGCCUUGGAAAUAGCAGAUUAUCGAUAUGGGAGGGCUGCUCAGUUAUUUUCGCAACCUGCUAGGCAGUCGUGAAAUGAGAAUUCUCAUUCUGGGCUUAGACGGCGCUGGCAAGACUACCAUCCUUUAUAGAUUACAAGUGGGUGAAGUUGUCACUACUAUACCUACGAUAGGUUUUAAUGUGGAACAAGUUACUUACAAAAAUUUAAAGUUCCAAGUCUGGGAUCUUGGUGGCCAAACAAGUAUACGACCAUAUUGGAGAUGUUACUAUUCGAACACUGAUGCAAUUAUUUAUGUUGUGGAUUCAGCUGAUAGGGAUAGGAUAGGAAUAUCGAAAGAUGAGUUACUGUACAUGUUAAGAGAAGAUGAACUUCAAGGUGCAAUUCUUGUGGUGUUAGCGAACAAGCAGGAUAUGGCAGGUUGCCUCAGUGUUGCAGAGGUCCAUCAAGCUCUGGGCCUGGAUGCCCUGAAGAACAGAACCUUUCAAAUAUUCAAGACUUCUGCAACAAAGGGUGAAGGCCUUGAUCAAGCAAUGGACUGGUUAUCGAAUGCCUUGCAGAGCAGAAAGUGAGAAUGGCAUUUUUUCAAGAGCCGUGUUACGAUUGUUCGAGCCUUAACGGGACGACUAGUCACUCGACAGUCACCAUUAAUCGAAAGUGUCUUUGCGCGGUAUAAAAAAAAAGGAUGCGUCCAAGGUCAGCUUUACCUUUUUCUUUUUACGCCCUACACACAUUAUUUAUUAAUGCCACUAUCGAUACGUCACUGUCGACUGUGUUUACAGCUUGCAACAAAAAGCAAAAAUUCGAUCGAAGCAUCACUAUAUGGCUCUUCAGCAAAACCGUUAUACACAAGUUAAUUCUUUAUUUUCUUUACUCGGCCUUUUAUUUUUCUUAUUCCUUAUAUUAUUGCAUGAUUAUCCUUCGACGCGUUUCGAAACUUGUAUAACGAGAAUGGAGAUAACCGAAGUUGUACGUUCCAUAGGGUUGAGGCACAUGAAUGAAAAUAUAUUUUUUCUUCAGCUGAGUCGCCAAAUAUAAGAAAGGUCACGUCAUGAUAAGACAUAUUACACGCAUUUAGCACCAGCGUUUCACCAUCAGAUUUCAUAACUGAUCCAUUCACCUGUACUGAAUUUUCAAAGUGAUAUAGAGAAUGGUAGGAGAGAUAAAAGAAGAAAGCUCCUUUUCAUAAUAAAUAAUGUUAAGCUGUAAACAUCGUAGAGACAAAUUUUUUAUGAGCUACUCGACCCUAUUACACUCGUUCAUUUCGUUUGAGGGACCCAAUCCGACUUCCGGAUAAACGCGUUAUUUACAUUUUAGAUGUUAUGAAAAAGAAACGAGGAAGGAGCAAGGAGACUCAAGAGUCUCUCAAAUGUAAUAGUACGAAAAAGACAGCAUUUUUUCAUUACCUCACAUUAAUUAGUAUUCGGGAAUACCAAAUCUUGCGACCCGCUUCACCUGAGUGUCCAGUUCCAUUUGGACCUUUUUCCUCAUGUAAAAGAUGGGGCAGUCACGGCUGUUGCAAGAAAGAAUAAUUUUAAAUAAUAUACAGAUAAUAAAAAGAAGAAAAUCAA